AUGUCCCAUCGACAGUCGUGCGAUCGCUGCCGCCAGCAAAAGGUGAGAUGUCUUCGAGGUGAAGGUCCGAGGGAGAAGAACAUCGACCUUCCUCUCUCCCCAAAACAGGCUCAACUUCCUCGAUGUGAACGGUGUGCGAAAGCGUCCGUGGAAUGUGUCUACAGCUUUACUCGAGUCGCGCUCAAAUCGCGUUCUGAACGUCGUUCCGUUGCAAAAUCGAUGCAGAAAGAUACAGAUGCCGGGCUUGUGGACUUCAGCGGUUCAACAACGUGGUUCGAGCAUGAUGUAUCUGGGGCGUUAUAUGCGGACGGCACGCUGCAGACGGGUGGACCGACCCUAGCACCCCUGAGUGCUGACUAUGGAGGCCUGACUAGUCCAUUUGCUGGGGGUGGCGCUGCCAUGAGCUUCAGCGACUGGAACCCAAACAUUCAGCCAACAUCCUUGGCAAACCCCACUUCUCUACCUCCCGCUCCAUGCACGGUGGACAGCUGCGAAGAUAGCGAAGACAUUGAUGUCGACAAACACUUCAAUGAUGCUCUAUCGCUGCAGCUAACGUCCUUGAGCCAACAGGCCGCGCAGGCCGUGCGCUAUCUCACUCGGUCUAACCAGGGUCGUACGCCCCUGACUGUAUCAUCGCCCCAGGUGAAUGUGGCAUUAGAGGCGACAAACACCCUGACGAGCAUCAUAAGCAAUGUCACCGCAUCACAUCGGAAUGAUGACCGCCUUGACCCAACUACGACAAAUAUUGGUCUCGCUUUCUCCGCGCUUGCCUCGCACCAGCAAAUUUUGGCCCUCUUUCGAGCUAUUUGCGACGACAUACAUUCGUGUUUGCAAUCAAAGACAGUUUACAAGCACCAUAAUCGACAACGAAGUAACUCCGGGCAACCAUGUGACGUUGGACCGUCAUCGGUAGCCCAGUUUGUCAUGGUGCUUCAGUUGUUGAUGCACCUGAUCAAUCGUAUGGAUCGGAGUCUUUUCCAAAACGGUCUGUCGAUACGGCAUGACAGCAUGUCCAGCGGUUACAUCACACCCGUAACGCCUGGUAUAAUGUCUCCAUUCACGAUUGACCCUCUUCAGACCGAGCUAUCAUCAGGAGCUUCGUCGCCACAAUUUGGCCUUCUCGUCCUUGUCCAGGACGUAGUGGGCACCGUAGAUAAUGAGCACGAGAAGCUGAGACAGUCUAUUCAGCAGUUGCAGGCAGAGAUGGAGCUCCCGGGGCUCCAUUAG